AUGGUGAUAGAUCCUUCGGCGCCCAGCGACGGCUAUUCUCAUAAUGGUGUGCCAAUUCCGGUGCCUCCGCCUUCGGUGCUUGAGUCGGGUCGUCUUUUGUCUGACCAGAUUUCUAGAUUUGUGCGACCCCAGUCCAGUCGAUCAACUAUCCCGGUGCCAGUUGUUCAGUCACAAAUAAUUCCAACUACUACUUCUGCAACCACUUCUUUCUGUUCAAUAGGUUCCCCAUCUGCUUCUCCUAUUACCAGACCUGCCUCUCCUGCUCUGAAUAUCUUAAAUGGUCGACCAAAUAUCUCACAUUCUGGUAUCGCGUCCAUACCAUCUUAUAUCUGCUCUUUAUCGUCUGCUAUCACUACCACUUCAUCUCCCUCCUCUUCUUCGAAAUGCUUGACUUCUAAUGCCUCUGUCGAACUUGACUCCUCUUCUGGCCAUAUUGACAUUACCACGUGCACUUCCAAACCCAUUGUAUCUCCUCUAGAUUUUAUCAAUACGUGUUCUUCGUUGCCAACUGGACAAGGGGAUGGACAGAGUAAAGGUUCAAUAACUAUGGCAACCGCUCCAUUUAUUACAUCAGCAGCAGCAAACGAGGACUCUCUCUUGUCUGCUCCCUUAUCUGUAGGAUAUGUGCUAGUACUGUUCUUCGAUGCCAAGCGCACCUGGCAGUGGGUUACUCGUGACAAGGUUCGUCCGUUAGGUGUAAAUCCUCACUUCGACAGGGCUCAAUUACAAGAGGCCAAAAGGAGUAAGAUGCGACUGUCUGUAAGUUGGCUCCUGAUUUCUGGCCUCAUUUUCUUAUAUUUUGUGCUUUUGUUUUGUAGAUAA